AUGGCGAUGUCAACGGCGACCCGGAUGAUGCGCCUUCACGCGCGCCGCUCCUCCGCCUUCUGCCUCCUCCGCUCCAGCCGCCCGGACCCGCCGCAGCUGCAGGGCCUAGGGUCCAGCUGCCGCUGGUACAGGGGAGCCACCGCGGCGGUCGGCCCGCUGUCGACCCCUGUGAACCUGGGCGUGAGCAUCGUGCCGGAGAGGAAGGUGUUCGUGGUGGAGCGCUUAGGCAUGUACCACAAGUCUCUCUCCUCGGGGAUUCACUUCCUCGUGCCCGGCAUCGACCGCAUCGCCUACGUCCACUCGCUCGAGGAGGAGGCCAUCCAAAUCCCGGACAACCCUGCCAUCACAAAGGAUGGCACCUUGAUCCAGAUCGGAGGAGUGCUCCAUGUCAAGAUUGCCGAUCCCUUCCUUGCUUCCUACGCCAUAGAGAACCCCAUCUAUGCAGUCACCCAUCUCGCGGAGUUUGUUGCAGGCAGUGAAAUUUGCAAGAUUACCCUUGACAAGACUUUUAAGGAAAGAGACACGCUCAACCACAACAUCAUGAAGUCAAUCAAUUACGCAUCAUGCGAGUGGGGUGUCAAAUGCCUCAAAUACAACAUACGCAUUACUCCAACAGAGGGAGCUAAGAAAGCCAUGGAGAUGCAGCUUGAAGCAGAAUCUAUGAUGGAAAGGGUGAAGAAAGCAAAGGGUGAAGGUGAAGCGAUUCUUGCCAGGUUUGAAGCGACACUUAGAGGGAUAGUAAUGGAUCCAGAGUCAUUUAAAACUGAAGGCAGCACAGAGGCUGCCCGCUUGAAGGUCGCUGAAGAAUACAUGGAAGUAUUUUCAAAACUAGCUAAAAAUAUGAAGACGAUGCUUCUUCCGAGAAUCCCAGGCAAUUGGGGGGCAAUGAUUGCUCAGUCGCAGCCCGCAGUUUUGCCAGAAGACCUCGAUGAUCUGUCUCGUAAGAUGCCAUCCAUCAGUGACAUGGGCGGCGUCCUGUCAGAUGACAAGGAUCCACUGCCACACCCCAAGCAAAAGUAG